AUGUUUCAAGCAUUUCAAACUGCAAAUUUUGGAAUCGGAGGCGAUAAAGUGGAACAUGUUCUUUAUCGUUUAAAAAACGGCGAAUUAUCAAAUCUGAAAACCAAAAUUGUGGUCAUAUUGGUAGGAACAAACAACACGGAACAUAGCAAACCGCACGAAAUUUAUGAAGGAAUUAUUAAAUGUGUGAGCAUCGUUGAAGAAUUGCUUCCGAGUGCUCACAUAAUUUUACCCACCAUGCUUCCCAGAGGAAGAGUACCAAAUGCCCAGCGCGAUUGCUUGGAAGUCGUCAACAGUUUAUUAAAUAAAUUUAACAAUAUAAAUAUGAAUAGAAGACAUAUUCACAUAGUGCACACACAUAGAAAUAUUGUGGAUGAAAGAGGUUUCAUAACAAGAGAAAUAAUGUAUGAUUAUUUGCAUCUCACAGCCAAAGGCUAUGAUCAAUGUUUUCAACCAGUAAUUGAUUUAAUCAGAAAAAUAUUGACUGACAAAUGA